AUGCAUGUGGAGGUGAGUGAUGUGUUGGCCGAGCCCGCGUCCCACCAUAGCCCGGACCGCGUGUGGGGCCUGAGCCUGCUGGGGUUCGAGACGGCGCGGUUGUGGACCUACAGGGUGCUGUCUCUGGUGCUGGCCGUGCCCAUGGCCCUGCUCGCUGGCGUAUUCCUGGGCCUCCUGGCGUGCCUCCACAUCUGGUGCGUGGUUCCGUGCGUGCAGCUCAGCAACACGUUUCUUCCGUGCCUGCACUCUGUGUGGCUGUGUGCCGUCAACGACAUCAUCUCUCCCACGUGUAGAUCCCUCGCUCUCUGCUGCAGCCAGAUAGCUGUCUCGCUGUCCAACUACAAGGACGCGGCAUGGUCUUCCGCCGGCCAAAAAGAGGCUGUAUGAGGGACUGAAUGAUUUAUUGAGUGAGUGAGUGAGUGAGUGCGUGAGUAAAAGAGAGGGAGGGAGUGUUUUAUUAGAUUUGACAAAGGAUCAAUCAUUACUAUGUAGGAAGGGAGGGAGGGAGUAAGGGAAUGUUAUUCUUGUUAUUUUAUUUUAUUGGUUUCAUAUUGAAUGAACAAAACGUAAAUCAUAAAUAAUUGUUGUCCUUUCUCUAUUAUUGUGUGUUCUUUAUAUAUAUAUAUUUUUUGUUACAAAUAAUAAUUAACUUUGGAUUUUACUAAAGCUCUUUUAAGUUUUAUUUGAAUUUUGUACCAUGUCCGCUUAGACUUUUUAUAAAUUGCUGUGAUGUUUAAAACAAUGUUGUAAUCCUAGAAAUAUUCAAGCAAUAAACACUAAAGACUGCCCAAACGAUGAUCUCAUAAACGCACGCGAGACUUGAAAGAAAUACCCAGCAUGCAUUUCGACGCCGCCAUAUUGCUUGUU